AUGACGACGACUGGUGCAGGCAGUGCCUCCAUGUCGAUGGAGAGCAAGCUGAACUGUUCGCUCGACGACCUGGUGAAGAUGCAGCGCCAAGCAGCGACCAAUACCCGCAACGCUCAACGUAAAAAUACCUCUCGUGGGGGAGCGGGACCUAAAACUUCAGUGCGUGGCCGUGGUAUCAGCAAGCGCGGAGGCGGAUCCAAGACAAGCACAUUUCCAGCUGGUGUUGCUGGAGCCGGCCGUACGCGCGGCGCGGGUCGCAGAGGCCGAGGUGGACGAGGGGGCUUUCCAGGACCGGCUCGUAAUCGGCCGGCGCCAAACAGUCUUGCUCCAGCCGCAAAGAAGAAGCAGAAUCCUUCACAGUCCGCUGCACCGAAAGUGUCUCUUGCACAGCGUCUCGCCCAGCCUCUGGAAAACUCCAUCUUCAGGAACGCCGGUAAAUCUGGAGCGAAAAAACCAGGCGCCGCUGCACCUAGGCGAGUUGCAGGCACUACCCUGUCUGCCCAGCGCAAGCUCAUGCGUCCAGGAGCGAUUCGGGCUCGGGGAGGCCUCACGGGUAGACCUGCGCGCUUGCCGCCUAGUCUUCGUCGCGCUCGUGGAGCGGGAGCUGUUGUUGGCGGAUUAGCUGCACGUUCUGGAGCAGGAGCUUGGUGGGGAGGGCGUGGUGUCGCUACUGCAACGCGUGGCCGCAAGCUGGCAACCGUGCGCAAGGCUGGUGGGAUUAACAAACAGGCCACUGCCGUAAGGAAGGCUAACACGGCUGCGGCGCGGCUGAAGGCGGUGCGUCCCGUCGUGUCGAGGCCCUUGAACACCUCAUUCAAUAGACGUGCACAGGGCGCGGGACCAGCAUCGGCGUCCCGGCGUCCCAGGGCUGAGUCAAGAUCUGCGAGGAGGGGUGCCGCCUCACCAGGCAGCCGAGUUCCCGUGGUUCGCGGGAGUUCGACGCAGCAACCCGUGCCGCGGACCGUGCCGUCGGCGACGGAUGUGGAACUCAUGUCGAAGAUAAAAAUCAUGGCAACGCUAGACAAGGUGCCCCCUCCCAUGGCUGCCCAAAGGGGUAUGGCUGUGACUCCUCCUCAAGCCAUGGUGGACGAACACGGUUACAUGAACAACGGCAACGGGAAGAACAAUCAGGCAGCGCAUUUGCCGUACAAUGGUUGCGGAGGCGGAAGCUUGAGUGAUCGAUUCAGCAAGUACGGGUCACGAUGA